GUGCACCUUUUAUAGUUUGAGGCAUCCAAACCAAAUUAACGCCUAGGCAGACAACAAACACCACGGCCUAUAACCGGCCCGAGAACUGGCGAGAGACGGGAUUCGAAAAUCCGCAGUAAGGCACGGCACUCCGCCAUUUCUACAGUAGAGUGCAUGCCUACCUUCUCCCCCCAGCCGCUUCCGCAGCCUCGUUUGUUUCGCCGGUUUCGUUUCCAAAUUCCGCCAGAUACGGAUGGGGCACUCCGAAUUAUCAGCCGCAACCCCCCCCCACCCCGCGCACCGGUUCGCGCGCGCAGUCAUGCACCCCGCAGAAGGCUCGUGGGAUGGAAGCCUUUGGAGGUUUGGGGGUGGCUAUGGGGACGACUACCUGCUCAGCCGUUUCGUAACUUAGCGUUCUUCGGUUAGGGUGUGGAUGAGAUGGUAGUCAGCUACGCCGUAUAGAGUACACCACCACCUCUCCCAACCAACCCAGCGAGUCGGCCUGAUCGUGAUGCUUACGGUAAUCAUGACAAACUCUUGACACCGUCAGCCGCCCUCGGUGAGAGAGAGAUGAAGAAAGGAACGUGUGACUCCCCUCCAGCUCAUCAGUUGCCUAGACGCCUGCGGCGCAGCUGAACGCGUUGGAGGUAUUGCGUAUAGCGCGGUGUUGGCAGGUGAACCGUUUGAUGGGGGAGCACGCGCAUCUUAUGGCCUCGAGAUAGACGGCCUCCUUCCCAGCCCUAUGGACUGGCGCCUAGAACUUGGAGCUGACGCGAUGGGGAAUGAUUGUUGCUGGUAGCUACUGUUGGUGUCUUGAGCUGAUAAUCCGCAGGCGCGGUUAUCGGAAUAAGCUCCACUACGCUUGCGCGUAUCAGGUGUUAUUAACCAUUCAUUUUGGGGGCCGUUUCUGAUUCGAGGGCCGUUUCCGAUUCGGGGGCCGUUGGUUGGAGUUGGGAGGGAUUGGAGCUCCAGAAGGAUUCGGCGAGAUUGGAAGGAUUGGCGUUGGAUGUUUUAGUUGUGUACAGUAUUUCUGGUUGGCAAAAGCUCGCUAUCACAUCUGAGAUUAUGCACUGGUAUUUUUAUGGCGGAGGCUUAUUUUAUGGAGACGAGGCUGGCCACCCACAGCGCUUAAGGUUGGAAGUGUUAGCGACUGAGCAGCCCUAAGAACCGCUUCAUUCGCUUCCGACAUUAUGCAUUGUGGCGCUGUGUGAUGGCGGCGGAUAGGAUGGGUCGGGAUGGUGCAGGUGAUGCCGGCGGCCGUGCUUGGACAUGUUGGUCGAAAACGCUCACCGAGAUGUUCCAUUAGGCUGACCAUGCUGACCAUCCUUGUUAGGGCGGGAUGUUAUGGAUCCUAUGGCUGUUUGGCCGCCCACGCUAUGCCCCAGCCCCAGCCUAUGCAGGCCCUGUUCAACCAAUAGUAAAGUCACAUUGUCUAUUUCGCUCCUAUUGGCUUGGCUGCUGGGUUUUGCGAACUACCUGCUAAAAGUUACUCCUCGUCAUUUUACCUAAAAGACCUCAUUCCCAUACUUCAGUAUUGCUGUUUCCGACCUCUAUCUGUCGCUAUAUUGUUAUUGUUUUAUUCUCAUGUCUUCGGGCCUUCUUAAUUGUUGAGGUUGAGCAUUGAUCAUCCCACUCUACGAGUACCUGGCGUAUACUGCUAUGCACCUCGCCUCCCCCGCUCUCCACGUUCAUAAGCAGCAGCUUAAUGAGCACUCGCGCUAUCUCCCCUCGCAAAUGUCAACAAGGAACGCGAUCGACGCAAACGCCACCUUUCAGAACAACUGGAUUAAGUUGUUGCGCACGAGACGUGGCUCGUCAGCGCCAUUAUUGAAAUGCCCGUAUUGCCAUGACCCGCCGACAUUUACGGAGGAAAAUGAUCUGUGGCAUCAUGUGAAGAAGACCCAUGCCGUUCACAUUCCUAGGGAUGAGUCGCGCGUAAAGCGUUUCCGGGAUGAGGUCUUGGCGAGAUCUAGGGCUCUCUCAAAGAAAGAAGCCACUUCACCAGAACCCCCAAGGUUACCCACCGAUGGACAGCUGACCGCAAGCAAAUUGGAAGACCUGCAGAAGGCGGAGCUAGCAAGCAGCAAUGCGGCGAAGCGGCAGCCUGUGAUGAGUAAUACGUUUUUGGCAGACGAGCAAGAUUAUAAAAAGCAAGCAAUCGGCCUGGGCAAGUGCCCGUCGUCGUCUCACUCACAGGGUUCUAACCCGCCGCGCUCGCAAGCCUUGCCAGCCUCUCGCAGAGCCGCAUCUUCUCCCACGCAAGGCAAGGCCCGAGACUCUAUGGAAUUUUUGUCGCGUGGACCUACCACUUCGGGAAAGCGUCUGUUUAAUCCGUCCGAGCCGAGUUCGCCUCAAGCCCAGAAUGUAAGUUCACCGGGCGGAAGCGCUCAAGCGCGACCUGCUCAUCAGAUCCGCAAGCGUCUGUCAAACCCACAACAUGUGGCUGCCACGGCCACGGAGAAACCGGCGCCGUCCUUCGCCCGGGGAACCCUGCCCGGAGACAUCCUGAUGUCUGGAAACCCCCAAGGUCCUCAGGGUGCCCAGCUGUCCUCACCUACCUUUGACCACACUCGGAUGGUUAGCCAACCAGAAACACGCCCCAUAUCUCAGGAACAACUAGUAGCUGAGGUUAAAGGAAUAUAUGUCGGACUAGUAAUGGUCGAGGGCAAGUGCAUCCAAGUAGAUUUAAAGCAAGCUCAGCUCGCAAAAGAAGCACCACGUGGCACCCAACCCAAACUGAAUAAUGAGCAGUAUCAGGCCUUAAUCGCCUUGCAUAGGACUUUACUUCACGAACACCACGACUUUUUCCUUGCAUCUCAGCACCCUUCCGCUACGCCUGCUGUUCGACGCCUGCCACUUAAGUAUGCUAUGCCAGCGAGACUUUGGCGCCAUGCCAUCCAUAGCUUCCUCGAGCUUCUCCGCAACAGACUUCCCGCGUCUCUCGAUUAUAUGCUCGCCUUCAUAUAUCUAGCUUAUUCUAUGAUGACGCUUCUUCUAGAGACUGUCCCAGCAUUCGAGGAUACGUGGAUUGAAUGUCUCGGCGAUUUGGGUAGGUACAGAAUGGCGAUAGAAGACGACAACGUCAGGGACAGGGAGGUUUGGGCCCAGGUCGCCCGACAGUGGUAUCUGAAGUCCGCCAACCGCUCCCCCAUCACCGGACGUCUAUACCACCAUCUCGCAAUCCUAGCCCGUCCCGACGCGCUCCCGCAACUCCUCUACUACGGAAAGUCCCUCGCAGUCCCCAUCCCCUUCACUGCAGCCCGCGAGUCCAUCAUGACGCUGUUCGAGCCAACACUGAACCCAGUAGCCGGCAAGCCCCGCUUCUCCGCAGUCAUCACCGCAAUCGUGCGCUCCCACGCCACCAUCUUCACAGGCAAGUCCCUAGAUACGUUUGAAGAGACCCUCGGGGAGAUCAAGGGCAAUCUCGACGGGCACAUUGGGCGCAUCACCAAGAAAUACCUCGAACAGGGGUACUACAUCGCCAUCAGCAACUGCAUCGCCCUCCUCGGCUACGGCGCAGACGACAACCCCCUCGCCCUCCUGCUGAAGCCCCAACCCACCUCCGCCAACACCCUCAUGACCGACGCCAACGCCGACUCCACCCCCACCCCCGCCCUCUCCGCCACCUUCACCGCCUCCCUCCGCCUCUUCACCCAAGUCGCCAAAAUCCACCUCGACCGCAUAGGCGACAUUAAUACCCUCUCCUUCCUCCACGUCACCCUCGUCUUCAUCCGCCACCUCUCCCGCCACCCCGCCGCCGCUUCCCUCAUCUACCCCCACUUCCCAUGGACGAACCUCGUCCGCGCCCUCAACGCCCUCACCGUCCUCUACCCACCCACACGCGCCGCCAUCGAAUCCCCCACAAUCCCCAUCCCGGACUCUGGUCCCUCACCCGCCCGCCAAGAAACCACACCGCACACACCUCCUCCUCCCACCGCACCGCUUGACCCGUCGCAGCUCGACAUUGCAGGCGCCCACGACGCCGUCGCGCCUGCGAAGGACAUCUUCCGCCCCUUCCCCGAGGAGUUCGCUAUGCAGGGCCUUGGGUUCACGGCGGGGUACUUCCCGGAAAACUGGUUCGCGAACGAGAAUGUCGAGCCAGAAACGCAUUACCUCGAGGCAGAGAGCAUGCGCUCCCAGCACCGCCCCGAACGCGUACUCUGGCUCGGCGUGCAGAUUGCGAGACUAGCGCCGGAGUGGAUGGGAUAUAGUAGCGUGGAUGGGUAUACGUUUUCCGUUGGGGAGAAGGCCAAGGAGUAUGUGGGGGGUGAUGAGGAGGGCGAGAGUGGAAGCGGCAGUGGCAGCGAGUACGGCGACGAGAUCGAUAGCGACCAAGGCAGCAAGGCGAGGAGCGAGAGCGAGACGCUGACGAUGGACGUUGAUGAUCGACUAGUGAGCGAGCAGGGCGAUGAGGGGAGCCUGUCUUUUUUAGAUAUGCGCGAUGCUGGGAAUACUUCUGGUGGGCUGGAGGCGGGGGACGCGGUUGGAGAUGUUGGGUAACAUGGG